CCCCACCGUCGGAGCCGGUAUGAGACCAAGCGAAACUAAACUAACGACAAGUCAAAUCACAAUUAUCGCUUCAUUAACUAUAUUUUCUCCUCCUCGAUUUUCUCGACUUACAGACAUAGCCCCGCAUCAUCCGACCAAACCCAACCCCGUUACUUGUCAGUCAUUUCCUUUGCUUUCUUUCUUGCUUCGACGCUCAUCUUUCAAUCACGUGAAUUUUGGGUAUGCUGAAGUCUUCAGAAUUGCUUGAUUGUACUAUUGUUCAACUUUAAUGCCAACAUCAUGAUGAAAUCCAUGUUUGAGUGUGGAAGCCAAGGUGCUAAUGUUGAAGAAGGAGAAAUUCAUUGGAAUAGUGGUCAGCUACUACUGCAAGACAUUCAAGAAAUAAGCAAAGCCCUUUACUUGAACAAUACCCCUUCUAGGCCUUCCUAUUCCUCGGUCCAUAAUCGAUCCAAGUCUGCUGGUAAAGCCCGUUUGUCAGAGCCUCAAGUUGCCUUCACCACAGGAUUUCGAAACGAAGAUCUGUUGCCUAAGGACAAGAAAUUGUCUUCUGUAUGGAAUUGGAAGAAGCCAUUGAAAGCUUUGACCCAUAUUGGUGAUCAAAAGUUUAAAUGUUGCUUUAAUCUUCAUGUCCACUCAAUUGAGGGUCUGCCUUUGAAUUUUGAUGGUGUUAGGUUGAGUGUGCAUUGGAAAAGGAAAAGCAACAUUUUGCAAACACACCCAUCAAGGGUUUUCCAGGGUGUUGCCGAGUUCAAUGAAACUUUGAGUCACGGAUGUUCUGUUUAUGUUAGCCGCGCUGUGUCUGGUCACUCUGUCAAGUAUGAGUCCAAGAUAUUCUUGAUUUAUGCCUCUAUCGUAGGGGCACCUGAACAUGAGAUAGGGAACCAUCAGGUUGAUCUCACAAGGCUUUUACCUCUGACUUUAGCAGAGUUAGGGGGUAAUAGAAGUUCAGGGAAAUGGACCACAAGUUUUAGGUUGGCAGGAAAAGCUGUAGGAGCUAGCCUAAAUGUUAGUUUCAGCUAUCAAGUAAUGAAGGGUGAGUUAAUGGAAUUUGGUGGCAAUAAUUUAAAUGUUCUCAACCUUGUUAAUUUGAAGCCAGGCAGGCCAAGCAGUACAAGCAGUGUUAUGGAUUUUAGUCCUAACCCUUUUCAUUCUGAUGAUGUGAAUUUAUCCCAUGAAGCAUUGAUGAGUUCUGGCCCAAGUCUUUCCAAAUCAAUCAGUUUCCUAUAUCAAAAACUUGAUGAGGGGAACUUCAAUAAUUUAGCACAGGAAGACUUGGAACAGUUGGGACCACUUAAAUCCCAUGUUGUGGAAUCAGAGUCACCUCAAGAAUCAAAUCAACAUGAACCUGAUGACACUGAAUUUUCCUUUAUCCCACAAGUAGAAACAUUGGGAGGGGAUUCCUUAAAACUUGAUCAGACAGGAAAUGAAACAGUUGAUUUUUCAACAGUUGAAAUCAUUAAUGUGGAUGAUAUUAUAAAAGAUGAUGAUGUAUUUGUUGACAAGAAUUCAGGAUGUGAUUCAAUGGAUAACAUAUGUACUAGUUGUGUAGAUGGGACUACCGCAGAUGACAGCAAACUCAAAUGCAGUAGUUCAUGCGUCAGAUCUCGUCCAUUAUGUGCAUGGAAUGUAUCUUGCGCGGCUUAG